AUGCGUUUCGGCAAGACCCUCUCCGAUUCUAUUUACCCGCCAUGGAAAGACAAAUAUCUCCAAUAUGACAAGAUAAAGAAGUUGUUGCGUGAAGAUGAAACUUCUCCACAAGGUCGUGGAGGUGAAAGUGGCUGGACCGAGCAAGACGAGGAGAAUUUCGUCCAUGAACUCACCGUCACUCAGUUAGAAAAGGUUCAUCAACACCAGGUCACGACUUUCAAUGCCCUUAGAGAUCGAGCUGCUGCUUGUGAGGCCAAGCUCCCAAACCAGGAGGCCGAAGACGCAGGGAAAUCCGAGGAUGACCUAAAGGACAUUGCGAAAGAAACCCUGAAAGAACUAGAUAGCAUAUCGAAAGAACUCAAUGAGCUUAGAAAGUUUAGCCGUGUCAACUAUACUGGCUUUCUUAAGGCUGCUAAGAAGCAUGAUAGGAGGAGAGGUCUCAAGUACAGAGUGCGACCCAUUCUCCAGGUUCGGUUGGCUCAGACUCCUUUCAAUCAGGAAGAUUAUUCUCCCCUCCUCUUUCGACUUUCCGCAAUGUAUUCCUGGGCGCGUCAAAAGCUUGGUGAAGAGGAUGCAGAUACCACGGAUCCUGCUACAGAUGCCCGAUCGAAAGACACUUACAAAGCAUACAAGUAUUGGGUGCAUGUCGACAAUCUCUUGGAAGUCAAGACCUACAUUCUCCGCCGAUUACCGGUUCUCGUUUACAACCCUCAAUCAAUGAAGAUUGUGGACUCAGCUCAAAAGGACCCAACUUUGACAUCGAUUUACUUCGACAAUGAUAAGUUCGACCUAUAUCAAGGCAAAGUGGACAAAGGCACUGCGGGAGAUUCCGUUCGGUUAAGAUGGACUGGUCAACUUGGUGAUAAGCCUGAGAUCGUGCUAGAGAAGAAGACGGUCGGUGAGGAGAGCGAGAGCAGAGAUAUUCGCUUAACUAUCAAGGAGAAAUAUGUCGAGUCUUUCCUAAAAGGCGAAUACAAACUGGAAAAACAGAUUCAGAAGUUGGAAGACAGGCUUGGAUCCGAUGCUGAGGAAGUCAAGACAUUUAAAGCCAAUGUGGAAGAGAUCCAAUCUUUCAUCAAAGACAAGGGGUUGGAACCAGUUCUUCGCGCAAGCUAUACUCGAACCGCGUUCCAGAUACCUGGUGACGAUCGAAUCAGAGUCUCUUUAGACACUGAUCUCGCAUUCAUUCGUGAAGAUGCCUUUGAUUCAGAUCGCCCUUGUCGUGAUCCAGAGGAUUGGCACAGGUCGGAUAUUGACAAGGAACAACUUGAGUAUCCCUUUACAUCUAUCAAGAAAGGAGAGAUCAGUCGCUUCCAGCACGCUGUAUUGGAGAUCAAGGUCAAGGAAUCCAAGUUUACACGGAACAAUACUUGGCUGCAGGAUCUCAUGAACUCUCAUCUGGUUAAAGAGGAGAAGAAGUUCUCCAAAUUCGUUCAUGGAGUUGCACUACUCUUCGAGGACUAUGUCAACAGCUUCCCUUUCUGGCUCAGUGACCUUGAGACUGAUAUCCGGAGAGAUCCGGUCACUGCAUUCAAAGAAGAACAGGUUCGCGAGGCCAAACAGGCCGAAGAUGAAAUGGCAGUAGGAAGUUUCUUGGGAACCUCCAAGUUCUCUUCCUCCAUGAAAGGCAAAGCUGGUUCACCGGCGAAGGCACUGGAGCGUAGAAUAUCCGGCAACUUCUCACAAUCUGUGCAAUCACCUGCAAGACCGAAACCAGCCGACCAAUUACAAAGUACCGCCGAGGAACCCGACUCAGACGAUGAUGGACUCCAAAGUGGCAAUCAAGUUGACACCCAGGAAUCUGGACGAGGUUUGCGAUCAUAUCUACCUGCCUUCUCGAAUUCUCGUUAUGCUCGUCGACGUCGACAAGGUACUGCGUGGGAAGAUGCACCUCUCCCUCCUGGCGUGAAGGAUCCUGGUAACUGGAUCAAAGACCAAGGCACACUCAAAGUGGAAGCCAAAGUCUGGCUUGCAAACCAGCGCACGUUUGUGAAAUGGCAGCACAUUUCUGUUCUUCUGGCCACGCUUUCACUCGGAUUGUACAAUGCUGCUGGCGUUGAUAAUAACAUCGCUCGAAUUCUGUCACUAGUCUACACGGCAUUUGCGGUCUUUGCAGGUAUAUGGGGAUGGGGAAUCUACCUAUGGCGAAGCAAGCUGAUCACCGAGCGAAGCGGCAAAGACUUCGACAAUGCAAUCGGACCGUUCGUGGUUUCUGUUGGGUUGGCUUGUGCUUUGAUCUUGAAUUUUGCUUUCAAGUACAAUGCUGCGAUAGCCGAUCAUGGACACACGGGCAAUUCAACGGUGCUGGGAUCUAUGGGAAGGCUGACGCCCACUGAUAUUGCCCAAGAUAUGUUUGUACCGGAACUGUGA